GUUAAAGUAACCGCAACGGAAAAAGAGAAUCCGAUUCUUAUUACCUUAAACCACAAAUAUUCUCUCUUCUUCCCCAAAUUUGAAAUCUCUUCGCGUCUCUAUACUUGUUUCUCUCUUUAUCCUUCUCAUCAUCUUCUUCAUUUUCCUGCGAAAUUUUUGUUAAUGGAGGAUUGUUGUGAUCCACUUCUCGCAACUGAUGCUUCUCCGCGACCUGAAAGCUUCUCUCGCUCAGCUGAAAAGGAUAUAGCAUCGCGCUCAAGGACUGUGGCAAUGGCAGAUCUGGAUUCAAAUUGCGAAUUGAGUAACGAUGUUGAUAUGGAACAAUCAAGCCCAGAUUUGAUGAAAUUGGAACAAUCUAGUGAUCCCGUAGCGUUAGAUGGAAAAGUUGUAUUAGGGUUUUCAUUAGCAUCUCCAGAUCUAGUAAAUUGUGGCGCUUCACCUGAUUUACCUAGAGGUAGCUAUGAAGAUUCACCAGAAUUUUCUAAGAAAAGAAGAUUUUCUACUGAGCUUUCUCUAGAGAAUGGAAUUGAUGGUUCUACUACUACUACAAGACUUGGCCGUAAAAGCCAAGUUGUGAAAUUCUCAGCAAUCUGUCAGACAUUUGGCUAUGAGUUGUCUCCUGAGUCUUCUUUUGAGUUACCUUCUCCACCUGGAGACUUUCGGGAGAGUAUGACUCCUGUUAUAAGUAUCAACUCUGGUUCUAUAAGCACGGAUGUGACUGUGGAGGAUGUAACUUUCUUGAAGGAUGAGUUUUUUAGUGGAGGUGAAAGUAUUACAACUGAUGCUGUUGUUGGCAAUGAAGAUGAGAUUUUGUUGUAUCAAACAGCUCGUCUUGGUAAUUUCGCUUACAAGUUUCAGUCACUGGAUCCUGGGGACUACUUCAUCGAUUUGCAUUUUGCUGAAAUCGAGUUCACUAAGGGUCCACCGGGAGUUAGAGUUUUUGAUAUAUUCAUUCAAGGAGCAAAGGUCAUAUCCGGCCUUGAUUUGUUUUCGCAAGUAGGAGCAAAUACACCUCUUGUGAUAGAGGAUCUAAGGAUGCUCGUAGGUAGGGAAGGAGAGUUAUCUAUACGAUUAGAAGGAGUGACAGGAGCUGCAAUUCUAUGUGGCAUUUCUAUUAGGAAAGAGACAACGGCUACCUAUGUUGAAGAAACUGGAAUGCUAGCGGUGAAAGGUUCAACUGACACUGUUCUGUCCCAGCAAACUCAAGAAAAUCUUGUCUGCAGGGCAGAAGAAGAGGCUGAAGGGAUGAGAAGUGACUGUGAGCAGCAGAGGAAAGAGAUGGAGGAUAUGAAGAGAAUGGUUGAGGAACUUAAACUGGAGAACCAACAAAAGACUAGAGAAUGCGAAGAAGCAUUGAAUUCUCUCAGUGAGAUUCAAAAUGAACUAAUGCGCAAGUCGAUGCAUGUUGGUUCUUUGGCGUUUGCUGUCGAGGGACAAGUCAAAGAGAAGAGCAGAUGGUUCUCUUCAUUAAGAGAUUUGACAAGAAAAUUGAAGAUCAUGAAAGUGGAGCAAAUUAAGCUGUUGGAGGAGGCAACAACAUACAAACACCUAGUCCAAGAUAUCAACGAGUUCAGUUCUCACAUCCAGUCUAGAGUGAAGCAGGACGCAGAAUUGCAUGAAAAUCUCAAAGUCAAAUUUGUAGCAGGAGAAAAAGAGAGGAAAGAACUAUAUAACAAGAUACUAGAACUAAAAGGUAACAUCAGGGUCUUUUGCAGGUGUCGACCACUAAACUUUGAAGAAACUGAAGCAGGAGUAUCAAUGGGAAUUGAUGUUGAGUCAACCAAAAAUGGAGAGGUCAUAGUGAUGUCAAAUGGUUUUCCCAAAAAAAGCUUCAAGUUCGAUUCUGUUUUUGGUCCUAACGCUUCCCAAGCUGAUGUUUUUGAAGAUACUGCUCCCUUUGCUACGUCAGUCAUUGAUGGAUACAACGUUUGCAUCUUCGCCUAUGGCCAGACUGGUACUGGGAAAACUUUUACCAUGGAGGGAACUCAACAUGACCGUGGUGUAAACUAUAGAACACUGGAAAAUCUGUUUCGAAUAAUCAAAGCACGAGAACACCGCUACAAUUAUGAGAUCUCGGUCAGUGUAUUGGAAGUUUACAAUGAGCAGAUAAGAGAUUUGUUGGUUCCAGCUUCACAGAGUGCAUCUGCACCCAAAAGAUUUGAGAUAAGGCAACUGAGUGAAGGAAACCACCACGUACCAGGAUUGGUUGAAGCACCUGUGAAAAGCAUAGAAGAGGUUUGGGAUGUGUUGAAAACAGGAAGUAAUGCAAGGGCUGUUGGGAAAACGACGGCUAAUGAGCACAGUAGCCGAUCUCACUGCAUUCACUGCGUGAUGGUAAAAGGUGAGAAUUUGUUGAAUGGUGAAUGCACAAAGAGCAAACUAUGGUUAGUUGAUUUAGCAGGAAGCGAACGGGUUGCUAAGACAGAAGUACAAGGAGAACGGCUGAAGGAGACUCAAAACAUCAACAAAUCAUUAUCUGCUCUUGGUGAUGUCAUAUUCGCUCUUGCCAACAAAAGCUCUCACAUUCCUUUCAGAAACUCAAAACUCACGCACUUGCUUCAGGAUUCUCUAGGAGGAGAUUCAAAAACCCUCAUGUUUGUACAAAUCAGUCCUAACGAGAAUGAUCAAAGUGAGACACUAUGCUCACUGAAUUUUGCUAGCAGAGUGAGAGGGAUAGAGUUGGGACCUGCAAAGAAGCAGCUAGACAAUACUGAACUCUUGAAAUACAAGCAAAUGGUUGAGAAAUGGAAGCAAGAUAUGAAAGGAAAAGACGAACAGAUUAGGAAAAUGGAGGAAACGAUGUAUGGUUUAGAAGCAAAGAUUAAGGAACGAGACACUAAGAACAAAACCCUCCAAGACAAGGUUAAAGAACUUGAAUCACAACUACUGGUGGAGAGGAAGCUUGCUCGUCAACAUGUAGACACCAAGAUUGCUGAACAGCAGACAAAACAGCAGACUGAAGAUGAAAACAACACAUCAAAGAGGCCGCCACUGACAAAUAUACUGUUGGGAUCAGCUUCGAAAGAAAUGGUGAAUCUAACACGUCCAUCACUCUUGGAGAGCACGACCAGCUAUGAUCUAGCUCCUUUACCUAGUGGUGUCCCCAAGUAUAAUGAUCUCUCUGAGAAGGAGAACAAUCCAGAAAUGGCUGAUCAAGUGCAUCUACCUAAUAAAACAGGAAGAUUCUCUAUCUGUGCAAAACGUAUUCCAUCAGCUCCAGCUCCAAGAAGGAGUUCUCUUGCCCCAACCACAUCAACUUCGAGAGAAAUGGUAUAUCUAACCCGACCACCACUCUCAGAGAGCACGACCAGCUAUGAUCUACCUCCUUUACCCAAUGGUGGCCUCAAGUACAGUGACCUCAUUGAGAAGGUGAACAAUCAAGAAAUGGCUGAGCAAGUGCAAAUUCCCAAGAGAAUAGGAGCAGGAAGAUCCUCCAUCUGCGCAAAACGUAUUCCACCAGCUCCAAGAAGGAAGAGUUUUGCGCCAAUGCCAUUCAUUCCAAUCACAUCAACAUUAACUUCUCCUGAUGAAAAGAGUGGCGCUAACCAAGUGCUCUGCACCAGUCCUAAGCUACAUAGAAGUAAUGGGAAGACGUUGACCAGCAUACUGAGACGAAGCAUACAAAAGAGAAUGCAAAUGAAACCUUCCCCGAGGCAGCAACCAAUGAGAAGAGGUGGCGGCAUUAAUGUAGGGAUGGAGAGAGUUAGGCUGUCUAUAGGAAACAGAGGAAGGUUAGCUCAUAGAGUUCUGCUAACCAAUGCUCGUAAGGCAGGUCUGAAGGAGACACCGCAGAAACAAGAGCGAUGGAUCUGAAACUAUUAAAAACUGAUGUUUUCUCUGACCUUUGAUGACUUAACUUCUCAAUAUUCAUUAUGAUUUUUUAGGAUGAUUGAUAUUUUAUCAUCCUUCGGUUUCGUGUGUGUUUGUGGAUUUGGUUUGACCCUAUUGUAUAGAUGGUUUUGGCUUUUGUGCACUCCUGUUUCUUUUGUUUUCAUAGAAAAGUUCCAAGAACCUAUUUAUUAAACCCCCAAACAUCAGCAGCACCAUCAAUUGUAUAGAUGGUUUUGGCUUUUG